CACACUCGUCUCCUCUCGUCGAUUCCUUCCGAACCGCCUCCAUCUUCUCCAUUCUCUCGUCGCCGGAGGGAGUAGCCGGCCGCCUCCUCGUCACCUGCCUGCCGCGAUGGCUCAGACAAUUGGCCAGCGUUUUGGAGGCUACGCGGAGGAGUUGGAGAGGCUUCUCCAGACCCUCGGAGGCUACGAGCAGCCGAGGUACCGUUCCCGGCGCCAGGAGACCGAUGGGAUCCAAGUGGGAGUCGUCACCCAACUGCGACUCCGCUCCGUGCAGCAGCACCACCCCCGCCGGGACAACAUCAACCUGACGGUUCGUCGCUGCUCUUUUGAGAUGGGUGUCCAAGACCUGGCACGCCGUGCCCUGCUCCGCCUCUCUGCCACCCACUUGGACUUGCUCCGCGGGACGGAGUACCGCUACUUGGUCGACGCCUGCAUCCCCGUCCCCGUCCCCGACACUGCGCCGCAUCACCAGGAGAUGGGUGAGGCAGAAGGAGGCGCCAUGCGCGCUCUCGGGAGACUUGCUCGAGCCCAGUGCCGUGUGGCCGAGUCUGUCGCAGAGGAGCUCACUGAGGUCUACCACCGCCUUGAGGACGCGCAGCGGCACAUUGUGGAGUUGGAGGAGCGCCUUCACGGCGGGGCACCGCCACCAGUUCCGGAGCCGAUACCGGCGGGCAACGUUUCUCGGGGCUCAGCACAGGAGGAGGAGACCCAGGCGGACCAGCCGGCAUCUCUAGCUUCGCCCCGGCCGCCCUAUUUCGUACCCCUGCUCAAGGGAACUGCGGAUGGCUCGACGAUUGAUGCCUGUUAGUCAUCACCGCCGCUAGCUUUGAGACUCGUCAUCUCCCGAGCCGCGUUUAUCUGUGUCUACCUCUAUGAUUGUAUCGUGAUAGCUCUUUUAUUGUCAGAUUGAGUGUUAGUACAGAGGUAUGGAAACCCUUAAGGUAAUCUCUCCAUACCCUGUACAUAGAUGUUCGUUGUGAUGUGUUUACCGAACCUUUGUCGUUUUAAUAUCGUCCUGGGAUGUCAAUUGUAUUCU